AUGACAGGUCUCGACAUUGCUAAAGAUCGCUUGAUCGAAAUUGCCGUAUUGAUAACGGACGGCGAUCUGAAUAUUGUUGCCGAGGGACCAGAGCUUGUUAUUAACCAGCCCCGUGAACUUAUGGAUAAUAUGAAUGACUGGUGCAAAGAACAUCAUGGCGCUUCUGGCCUAACCAAAGCGGUUCUGGAAUCACAAGUGUCCACUGAAAAUGCUAAAGACCAAGUGUUGGACUUUCUGAAGAAGCACAUUAAAACCGGUGAAGCGCCACUCGCAGGCAAUUCUGUUCAUGCUGACAAACGAUUCCUUGAGAAAGAGAUGCCUGAACUUGUCGACUAUUUGCAUUACCGUAUCGUUGAUGUCAGCACGAUCAAAGAACUGACGAGGCGAUGGUACCCGGACAUUGCCAAAGGUGUCCAAAAGAAGAACUGCCAUCGCGCACUCGAUGAUAUCAAGGAAAGCAUUUCCGAACUUCAGUAUUACCAAAAGCAUGUAUUCAUCCCUCAACAACAAUAA